UUGCAAGUAAAAAAAAAAGGUAUAUAAUUCAUUAAAUUUAUAUUUUUAUCACAUUUUUACAACUUCAGUACUAAACCAAAAAUAAAUAAAUCAUUAAUCCAUUAAGGCUUAUAUCAAUAAUUAAACAAAAAAAAAACAAAAACAAAAAAAAAACACGUACAAACUACUAAUAAAUUUGCACCUAUCAUACAGGUCAUUGUCCAAACAAUUGAUCUUUUAGAAAUCAAUAUAAAUCAAUGGACUACUAAUUAAUUUGCUUUUUUUUUUAAGAUAAUAAGAACUUCAUAAAUAAAGAGCAAAUUACAAUCUAAGAGAGCUAAAAGUAACUAAAAACAAGCUAACACACCAAACUAAACACACUUACUAUAAACAAGCAACCAUGUGUUAUGUGGCUGAGGACCAAGAUACGGAUUAGUGAUGAAGGCCACCAAUUGCAUAACACCGAACCGGUAAAACCAAGAGAAACUUACAAAAUCUUAUUGUGGACCAGGAAUUGCCAACUUAACCGAAAGAAUUGAGAUGAUUAAGUGAUGAGAACUUAAUCAUUAAUUUGCUAUUUAAAAUACAUAGAUAGUACGGAGUGUUGCAUAGUCGCAUAGGUAGUUACAAGAAAAACCUUAAAACCGUACCAUAAGCCAAAUUAAAAGUACCAUUAAAAUCCAUAUAACAUGAUAGUACUACUUAUCUUCCUUACAAUAAUCGGUUUUAUCUACCUUCUUAGAAAACGAAGGAAGAAUGAACCAUUUAAUCCUCUUCCUGGACCUAAAGGGCUUCCUAUUAUCGGAAACUUACACCAGUUCAACCCUUUAAAACCUCAUAUCUAUUUUGCUAAGUUAGCAAAGAUUUACGGUCCAAUCUUGACUACACGAUUUGGAAGUACACCAGCUGUAGUGGUUCAAUCAGCCAAGACGGCGAAAGAGGUCCUUCAUACACAGGAUCUUAACUUUUGUUACCGCCCAUCAACUAUAGCAACACAAAGACUAAGUUAUAAAGGGUUAGACAUAACUUUUGCCCAAAGUUAUGGAUACUUUAGAGAAAUAAAGAAAAUAUGUGUUGUUCAUCUAUUUAGUUCUAAAAGAGUGGAGUCUUUUACUCCGAUUCGACAAGAAGUCUUGAGGAUGGUAAAUAAGAUUUCUACUCAAAUUUCUUCGUUUUCUGGUUUAGAAAUUGUUAACUUGAGCGAGUUGUUAAUGAGUUUUGCAAGCUCCAAUAUUUGCAGAAUUGCCUUUGGCAAGAGGUAUGGUGAAAAUGAAGGGUCCAACAGAAGCAGAUUUCACAACCUUCUGAAUGAUGCUCAGGCCAUGUUUACAGCCUUCUUCUUUACGGAUUACUUCCCUUCCAUCGGCUGGCUCGAUAAGCUAACCGGACAAUCAUCAAGGCUUGAGAAGACGUUCAAAGAUUUGGAUGUGUUUUAUGAUGAAAUCAUUAACGACCAUCUUGACCCGAAUCGCCCUGUAUCUGAGACAGAGGACAUCAUUGAUGUUUUGCUACACCUUAGAAAAGAGCGUGCCUUUACCUUUGAUCUGACUUUAGACCACAUUAAAGGAGUUCUUAUGAACAUGUUUGUAGCAGGGACAGACACAAGCGCAGCCAUGGUAGUUUGGGCGAUGACAGAACUAAUUAAGAACCCAACCGCGAUGAAGAAAGUACAAAAAGAGCUUAGAGGUUUAGCAGGCAAUCACAAGGGUUAUGUAUCAGCAGAUGAUCUGCCAAAGCUCGAGUAUUUUAAAGCCGUCAUUAAAGAAACAUUAAGGUUCCGUCCUGCAGCUCCAGUACUAAUAGUCAGGGAAACACUCGAAAAAUGCACUAUAGAAGGGUAUGAUAUACUACCAAAGACCCUCGUCUUUGUAAAUGCAUGGACUAUUGGAAGAGAUCCUGAAUAUUGGAAGGACCCGGAAGUAUUCAUGCCUGAGAGGUUUAUGGGAAGUUCAAUCGAUUAUAAAGGGCAGGAUUUCGAGUUUAUUCCUUUUGGUGCUGGAAGAAAAAUGUGUCCUGGAAUGCUUCUUGGUGUUUCAAACUUUGAGCUAGCAUUAGCCAACUUAUUAUUCUCUUUUGACUGGGAAUUACCUGAUGGUAUAAAAAUGGAAGAUAUUGACACUGAUACACUGCCUGGUGUAACUAUGCACAAGAAAAAUCCACUUUGCCUUGUUGCAAGGAAAUAUACAUAGUUUCUAAUCUUUCUGUAAGCUUGAUAAUCUUAAUGAUUCAUGUUCAUCUUCUGAGAAUGAUAUAUGUGUUACAUGUUCCUCAUCAAUUAUUUAAGUUGUACAUUUUUUUUGUGAAUGUGUCACAACUUAUUAAUGAUAACUUAUAUUAUUGUAACUUUGUAAGAUUAUUAAUGAUAUGAUGGACUGUUAAGAAUUAUUAGUUUACAAGAUAUAA